AUGCUGUCUUUUUCCGGCCGAACCGAAGAGGGAAACAUCCAGGAUCCACAAAUAGCAUCCCUCAAGUUCGCAACCCCAAGCCCUUGCCACCUAAUUCGCACCAACCCUCUAGUCAUACCGUCAUCGUUCGUCUUCAUCAAGGUUUCUAACAAACAUCUCAUCGCUACCCCCCUAGCUCUCGUCACCUCCCCCGGAGCGCUCGCCUCCAGAACGUUUUGCAAUUCCGGCACUCUCAACGGCUGGGACUAUGUUCGCAAAGAACACAAGGGAACCGUUGACCAGGUCACCAACGUCGUCUAUAAGGGCAGCUCUGCUCCCAAGAUGACACAGACCUACGGCUCCAACUAUCACAAUCGCUACCACUCCGAGUUCAUUGCCAACCGCCCUGGAGCAGGCUGGGGUGGAGAUGACUACGUGCCGAGUACCAUGGUGUGGAUGCAAGGAAAUCAGCUGCUCUCUCGAAUUGUGACUGGCAACUAUCGCCAGCCGAAUUCUGUGGUAAUUAUGCAGGUCAAAUGGGCCAGUGACGGCUCUGGCUUCUUCAAGAUUUGGCUCGACGAAAACAAGGUGGUUGAGAGAUACAAUACUGCCACAGCCAUUGACGAUGACAGCGUUUUCCAGUUCCGCUUUCGUCAGAUCUGGUACGAUGAGAUUGCCAUGGGAACCGAGUUCAAGGAUGUCGACCCUGACCAGCAGUAA